GUCUCCUCUUCGCGGUCCUCCACUCGUUUGCCCGUCUCGUUUAUCGACUUCAAGAAAACCAAUCCGGCAAUCUGCAACACUCAGACAGUGCCGACUCUCAGCUCCCCAGUGCUGAGGAGUAUACGCCAGCCACAACAUGUCCUCCACACCAAAAUCCCAGCAACAUCUGCACAAGGACGCUUUAGAAGGAGCAAGGAGCCUUCAUGGAAGCCAAACUACUCUUACUGGAGCCGAUGUUGCUUCACUUGUUGCAGGCACCGGCGACUACUCGUUCAUCAGCUGGGACGAACCGUUUGGACAGAUCCCCAAAGGUCCAUCUUCAAGCGGCUUAAUUGCACCUCCUUCCAGCCCCACCGGCGAUGCAAGCAUUUUCACAGAUCCCUCUUAUGGCGAUAGGUCGAAUCGAUCUCGCGCGUCUUCUGACGCAUCUUUUAUCGAGCCUUGGGUUGACCCGCCACGAUCACCUACUUCCCCCGGCUCCACAAUGGCGUAUACAUGGACGCCAAGCGACGAUAACUUUACCCUCCACAGCUCAGAGCACAUCGUGCCUCAUGCUCCUACGGACAGGAUCUCAACUCCGACUACAGUACAGCCGCAUCGGCCAACCAAAGGAAUAACAGAUGUUAUAUCGCCAAUUGCUCACCGGGAAAGGGCCCGUGAAGGGCCCGAGAGUCACUCCGGACCGAAUCUUGCGUCCGAGAAAGAGUCACAACAGCUGGCAUCGUCGCCCAUGGCUUCCGAUGUAGUAGAAGGAAAGAUGGCCGAAUCAUGUACAAAGCCAGACAUACUAUACAGCCUGGCUGCAUUAGGGAUUGGAACCGGGACUGACGCUAAUGAUUCUGAGCGGCAUCCCUCAAUCGGAACGUCAGACCUGGGUUCACACUCUAGCAUCAUGACACCUCGCCCGGAUGAAAGCCAUUCAGUGAGGGGUUCUGGGGAGGACCUCGCCUCCCAGAGCGAGGAUGCAAGCGACUGGGAUAGGUGGAGUGAAGGUUCUAGUCCAGACUCAGUUUCUUCGGUGGUGCCACCUGCAUUGUCGCCUCUCGUGAGAAAUGCUGCAAUAGCACUUUUCGCAACCUUUUUGAGGUAUCGCGGGAGCGGGAGCUACCAUACCCGAGGGAACCAACGCGAUAACGGUUCAACGAACGAGCCCAGUCACUCACAGAGCUCAAAUACCAGCACCAACAUAUUCAACCCACAGCUCUCUAACCAAGCAAGUUCAACUUCCAACGCAUUACCUAGGAAAAGGCCGUCAGAUGAUGAGGACGAUCAUCGUCCACCACAACGCCGAAGAUUGGAUGCGUCGCCUGAACAUAUCAAAUGCCGGUUUCUGGCAUGUCCAUUUGCCAAAAAGAGUCCCUUGAGGCAUCGGAAAUGCUUCAAGUAUGUGAUCCAAGAGAUAGCCAGGCUGAAGCAGCAUCUAUUAAGGGUUCACCAAACACCUAUCCAUUGCGCAAGAUGCUCGGAGACGUUCAGCACCGAGGCCGAUAGAGACGAUCAUCUUCGCCAAGCAGUAGGGUGCACAAUUCAAGCCCCUCGAAUUUGGGACGGCAUUAGCGAAACCCAAAAGAGGCAAUUGGCUCGAAGAGUAUCAUCGAAGAAGACAAAGGAGGAAAAUUGGUAUCUGAUAUACGACAUCUUAUUCCCUCACUCACCCCGCCCCGAGAGCCCCUACAUAGACGACGUCCAACUCUCUGAAGAGCUGCUCGCUUUGAGAGAAUUUACCGUGCAGCAGGCACCGGCGAGGAUCGCUACCUUCGCGCGAGCUGAAUUGCCGUUAGAACUCCGUUCGUCUCAGGCCCAGAUUGAAGCUUUUACGCAAGCAGCAGUUCGAGACCUGUUCGAUAUGGCCAUUGAGAGCUGGAUUGGCGGAGAGGGGCUCUCUCGUUACAGUCCUAAACCAACAGUUGUCGAGUCGGGCUACGCUUCACUGAUCACUUCCAGUGCCACGAGUAAAACCGGCUCCUCCCCGUCGCCUCGGCAUACAUCAGAGAUAGCCGCACCGUCUAGAAGCGAAGAGUCCCGCGACGAUUCGUCGGUCGCUGUUGUCUCGGGAGAAAUUCCACGGCAAACUUUCCAUCCUGACGAGGCUCUACUGGAGAACUUUUACUGGGAUUUUGAUCUUGAUGAUCCAGAUCCUUUCGACGCAUCCUACUUCAUUGGUUACCCACAUACGCACCAAGAACAGGGGCUAGGUACUUGGGGUGAUGGUGGUUAGACAGACUAUUUCUUCAAUGUGGCAUUAUUUUGCUUUAUAUAGGCGCAAGAGUGGUAAAUUGCGUUUAAGUAAAUUCCAUCUUGAACGAUUCGGUUGC